AUGCUAACCUUCAUUAACAAUAGUUGUUUUGGUCAAUUAGUUUACUAUUUAUCAAAUCGCAAUUACUGCAAACUGAAAGAAGAACAAAAUGAUUAUGUUGUUCCAGAAAAGUACUUGUUAUCAACAUUAUCAUCUAUUUCAUCAAGUUCAUCAUAUGAUGAAAAAUCUACAAAUAAUAAUAUAAUAGUCACCUGGGAUGGUGAAGAUGAUCCUGAAAAUCCACGUAAUUGGCCCGUUUACCAAAAAUCCUUUUUCAUAUUUGAAGUUUCGUUUUUGACACUUGCGGUGUAUAUGGGUUCUGCAAUAUAUACACCCGGAGUAUAUGAAAUACAAGAAGCCUUAGGAGUUUCCGAAAUAGUUGCAACCCUACCUUUAACUCUUUUUGUUAUUGGGUAUGGUUUAGGACCCAUGGUAUUUGCUCCAAUGUCAGAAAUCGCGGCCGUAGGAAGAGCAUACAUAUACGUUAUAUCCCUUAUCGUAUUUAUGAUAUUACAAAUUCCAACAGCAUUAACUGAAAAUAUUGCGAGCUUAUGUGUAUUGAGAUUUUUAGGUGGAUUCUUUGCGUCUCCGUGCCUUGGUAAUGGUCCUGCAUUAGUUUGUGAUGUACUAUCGAUUCCAUAUGGUGCUAUUGGAAUAGGAUUAUGGUCUAUUGCUGCCGUGGCUGGACCGCUGUUUGGUCCUUUGAUUGGGGCUGUCUUGGUGGUUAAAGGAGGGUGGAGGUGGACUUUCUGGUGUAUAUGUAUCGUGAGUGGCUUCGCCUUAUUCUUAUCAAUAUUCUUGCUUCCAGAGUCUUUUGAAAAGACCUUGCUCUUUAGGAAAGCAAAAAGAUUAAGAACUUUAACGGGUAAUCCUGAUGUUGUUAGCGAAGGUGAGCUUGAAGUGAAGCAUUUAAAUAUGGGCCAAAUAAUAAUAGACACAUUGUGGAGACCCUUCGAAAUAGUAAUCUUUGAACCAGUGGUAUUAUUAAUAGACGUAUAUCUUGCACUAGUUUAUGCAAUUAUGUACCUAUGGUUCGAAGCGUUUCCAAUAGUAUUUUUAGAAAUGAAAAGUUUCACAGUGGUACUUAUGGGUGUUUCUUACCUUAGUACUAUCGUUGGAAGCUUGAUUGGAUCUGCUAUAUAUACUUGGUGCGCAUAUAGAGCAUACACUUUAAAAUUAUUGAAAAAUGAAGAAGUUUAUCCUGAAGUUUUUAUACCCCUGGCUAUAUUUGGAGCUGUUUGUAUGCCAAUUGGUAUUUUCAUAUUUGCAUGGACGAGCUCACCGGAUAUUCAUUGGAUAGGCCCAAUGAUAGGUUCUGCUAUUUUUGCAGUAGGAGCAUUUAUUAUCUUCCAAUCUUUAUUUAAUUACUUAGGAAUGUCAUUUUGGAGGUACAUGGCUUCAGCGUUUGCUGGAAAUGCUUUAUUUAGGUCUUCUAUUGGUGGUGCGUUUCCUUUGUUUGGAAGAAUUAUGUUUGAAAAUUUGGGUAGUAAAAAAUUUCCUGUUGGAUGGGGUUCAAGCAUACUAGGUUUUAUAUCGGCUGGAAUGAUUUCUAUUCCAGUAUUAUUUUAUUUCAAUGGACCUCGAUUAAGGGCCAGGUCGAGAUAUUCAGGUACAGAUUGA